UUUUCCUCUCAUCAUAUGCCUGAGUAGAAAUUGUUAUCUCAUUCUUCUUGUCAAAAUGACUGUUUUGCAAUUGCCUUUGGUUGACUUCGGUCAUUUCACUCAUGGCACCCCAGAGCAACGCGAACGUGCUGCAAAACAACUUGUUGAUUCAUUCUUGAAACAUGGGUUUGUCCGUCUCAAGAACCACGGCGUAUCCAGGGAGUUCGUUGAAGAGAUCUGGGAAUGGGACCGUCGAUUCUUCUCCAUGUCCGAAGAACAAAAGAUGAAAAUAUUGCAUCCUCCUGGCCCUGAUCCACAACGGGGAUGGAGCCGCAAGGGCCUCGAGACGACAUCUAAGAUCCGUAAGGAAAACGCUGCGAAUGCUCCCAAAGACAAGGGUGAGCUACUUGAUGAGAAAGAACACUUUGACUGUGGUCCUCCAGGAGAUGCUGAGUUUCCUAAUAAGUUCCCCAACGAGGACCUUCCCGGUUUUCAGGAGUUUAUUGAAAGAUAUUUCCGGCUGGCGCAGGAUGUCUCUUUGAAUAUUAUGCGCGCCUGCGAGGUCGGAUUCGGCAUGCCCGAAAACGCCCUCGUCGAGCGCUGUGAGCCCGCUGCAUCUGAGCUUCGUCUCCUGUACUACCCUCCAGUCUCCGUGGAGCGUCUGGCAACUGGCACUAUCAAGCGAGCAUGGCCGCACUCGGAUUUCGGGAUCAUUACUCUUCUCUUCCAAGAUGGUCUUGGUGGACUCGAAUGCGAGGACCGUUCUAACCCUUUUACCUUUGCGCCGGUUACGCCGACAUCGGGUGAAGUCGAGAUGGUGGUAAACACCAGCGAUACCUUUGAGCGUUGGACCAACGGCGUUGUUAAGCCGGGCAUACAUCAGGUCAACGUGCCUCCUGCUUUACGCAAUUUACAAGAAGGUUAUAUCCCAGAGCGAUACUCCUCUGUUUUCUUCUUCAAAGCACAUCGUGGUGUAUCGGUGGGUCCGAUUGAUCACUUCGUUACGGAGAAGCAUCCUGCCAUUUACCCUGACAUAACUGCUUUAGAGUUUCAUCGAGAACGAACACAUAUUCUCUACUAAAGCUGUAGCAUCUAGGUCAUAAGUGGUGGAUCAAUCCUACGUGUACCGUAUGCUUUAAGUUGUACAAAAGAAUGCCAUGUUCCAUAGAAACCAAAUGACCAUCUUUUGUCAUGAAUUGUGAAUAUACUGAGAUCAUUAUAUUAUUUUUA